GUCUCUUGUCAGUUUCAACGAACGCAAACAUUCGAAUUUUGAAUUUUUAUAUGGCAGUGGUGAACCGACCGUGUGGUGUAUUCCCUUGUGUGAGAUCAAACGGUUUCCAGGAAAGGACGAUUCAAAAUGGAGUGACACUAAAAUCAAUAUGCGACUUCAUAAAAACGCAACUAUGCACGGUGGCCAUAUCACUGACACUGUUAAGCUCAGUUCGACUUCCCAGAGAAGCGUUCAAAUAUGGGGCAGUACCGUAUCUGGUGGUGUACACUUUCUGGCUGGUGGUGGUUGGGCUCCCCACUGUGUUGCUGCAGCUUGCAAUGGGACAAUUGAGUCAACAGGACCCUGUUGGAGUUUGGAGAGCUGUACCUAUUCUAAAAGGUGUCGGCCAUCUGAAAGUGAUCACAUCGUACAUAAUCUGCGUGUACCACGUUGUGCUAGUGGCUCUGUCCGCCGCCUACUUGAUAUGGAUUGGCAAAGGAACGUUCCCGCUGAAAGAUUGCAUUAAGUUACAAAUAACGCCAAAUGGCUACGAAAAUAAAAUGAAUGCUUCAGAAUGCUUCAACGCAACGUUCCUGGCACCGUUCACGGAAUAUCCGCAAUAUCUCGGCAUAAUGGCUAUUUUAAUAUUCAUUUUAUGGUUCUUCCUGCCCAUUCUAUUAUUCCGUCUCCGUAAAACAUUGAAAAUCACCCUCAAUGUCCUGGCGCCAUUUUUAGUUAUAAUCACUAUAGUACUAUGUACAUUUGUAUCUCACGGUCCAGACCUGACUUCACUCUUCACGUCUUGCGAGAAAUGGAUGCAAUUAUCGCAUCCAUACAUUUGGCACAGUGCUUUAGUCCAGGCGUUGUUGUCCACGCAGAUUGCUAGCGGCUAUUUAAUAAGCGCAGGUGGCACUGUUUACAGACAAUCUGAUGUCCGAUGGAACGCGAUAUCAAUAAUAACACUAAAUAUAAUAACGGGUUGGCUAUGGGUGUUAUUAUGGGAGUCUAUAGCAGCAACAACGACUAAGGAUAAGAGCUUCAUAGGAAUUCUAGUCCUCAUAUAUCAGUCUUCUGUAGCAGAACGGAGGUCUAAGGAAUGGCCAUUAUUGGCUUUCGGAAUUAUUUUUGUAUCGGGCAUUAUAACUAUCUUAGUACUCCUGUAUCCAAUAUUCGAUAAGCUUCACCGCGCGACUGGGGACCAUUGGCGAUUAUUCGCUACUGCAGCAUCGGCGUUAGGCACGUCUUUGACAGUGGCCGUAUUAACAAGAAGAUUAGAAGUCGCUACCUUAUUAGAUGAAUUAGCAGUCCCAGUUCUGUCUGUAUUUACCACUGCCAUGGAGGUUGUCGGUUUUGUAUUUAUAUAUGGUUCGUGCUAUCUCAAUUUUGACAUCGAGUUCCUUACGGGUACAAGACUAUCCUAUUUGUGGAUUGCCAUCCUUUGGCUGGUUCCAGCUUUUCUCUUUGGUAUUACUGGCUGGUGGCUUCGUGCCAUUCUAAGGUCUCCGUGGGGACAAUUUUGGAAUAUGUGGCCUUUGGUUGGAGUUUUCAUUGGAAUUUUGGUAGUGAUGCUCGUCAUCGCUGCUGUGGCUGUAGCUAAAGAAGAACAAUUUAAUUUAUGUUCGAAAAUAUCAUCAGCCUUCCGUCCAUCUCGACUUUGGGGUCCAGAAGAACUCAUGGCAAGAUACGUAUGGAUGUCGCAAAGACAUGUCAACGGCACUCUCAGCAAUGACGACCGCGAGGACACUAACUAUGCAGAAAUUAUCUUCAACCGAGACAACGAAAAGAAAUAUCACGACGACUGGGUACAACAAAACGAGUACCAAAGAACUUACUAUGUCUACACCAAAAACGGUGAUGAUAAAGACAGCUACAGAAACGAUUCAUUAACAGAUUGUAAUUUGUCUAUACCUUUACCUAUACCAAGAAACAAAAAGGCUAAAAAAGAAAAAGAAAGCAAAUUCAGAUCCCCUAACAUUUGCGUAGCUAAAAAUGAAUUAGGUGGACCAGUUAAUUGUAACUGUAAUAGACAUUUUACACUUAAUGUACCAGAUUUGAGAAAUACUAAUAACGAAGUAACAACUAUUUUAUAGAAUUCAAUGUACAAGGAAUUCGUUGCCUAGUCGAGUUAUUUAUUCAAUGUGCAAUAUUUUGUAAGAUUUAAAUUAAAUGUUUUGUACUUGUCAAUAUACUGAAUGUACCUCAGAAUAAAAAUAAGAUUAUUCAGAUAUCAUAUUUAGAAAUAAUAGUCGUCAUACACAGUGUCAGUUUAUU